AUGGGGAGCCCACCAGCCAAGAUGAAGUUUUGCCCCAUCCACAUGCUUUCUGUAAGAAUCAUACAAGCUAAGAACAUCAAGUCAAGAGACCUGUGGACAGUUCCACUUUCGUGCCAAAACCUUGCGGGGCAAUGUUAUUCACUGCUUGAUACCAGUCUGAAGUAUUUAGGCAUCUCGGGCUGCAGUAGAAAUCUUCCGUCAAGUCCUGACUCCAGCUCUGAAAGACAUCACCUUGGAGAUUUCCUUUCCCACCGUUGUCAAGCUUCACAAAUGACUUCAUCAGACUGCUAUGUAAGCUUGUGGCUGCCAUCUGCUUCACCUGGAAAGCUUCAGACCAAAACCGUCAAGAAUUCUGACAACCCUGUCUGGAACGAGACUUUCUACUUUAGGAUCCAGAGAGAAGUUGAGAACAUUUUAGAAUUGGCAGUGUGCGAUGAAGAUUCACUCACCAAAGAUGACAUGCAGUUCACAGUUCUUUUCAAUGUUGCUAGAAUCAGACCUGGGGAGACAAUCCGUGAGACAUUUGCUUUGAAAUCAGAGACAGAGAGGUGCUAUAAGAAAUGGGAAAGUUUGGAAGUGGAAUUCUGGAUGGAAAGAGUUCCUGGCCCUCCAGAGCAUCUCAUUACCAAUGAUGUCCUAGUGUCCCGUGAGGUUUGCUGCUUGGAAGUGCAUGUGGAUAUUAAUGAAAGCAGGAAAUAUUUGAAAGAGGGUAAAAAUCUCGUGCUUACGGUGCCUGCAUCUCAUGAGAGAACACAGAAGACGACAGAGGACACUGAUACUUUCUACUUCCAUUGUGUGAAAGCUUGGGAGCCAGUUCUAAAAGUCAGGCUGCAGAAAGUUUCUGAUAAGGAAGAUGACAACAGCAAUUUAAGUGACACCUUAACAGUACCACUGAAAUUUCUCCCUGUUGGACAUAAUGUGAAAGUAACCCUUCCCGUAAGACACAAUGUGCCACUACAGUUGUACCUCCAAUUAAAUGAUUGCACAGACAAACUAGAUGUGCGCUUAGGGUAUGAUCUGUGCCAAGGAGAGCAAGAGUUCCUGCACAAGAGGAAGAGAGUUGUUGCUGGUGCCCUGAAAAGGGUUCUUCGUCUGGAAAGAGAUCUACAUGCACAUGAGGUCCCAGUAAUAGCUGUUAUGGCAACAGGCGGAGGUCUCAGAGCAAUGUCAGCUAUGUUUGGCCACCUCUUAGCUCUUCAGAAGCUAAAUCUGUUGGACUGUGUCACCUAUCUCACUGGGGCUUCUGGCUCAACAUGGACCCUAGCAGACCUGUAUGAGCAUGCUGACUGGUCACAGAAGUCACUGGAGGAGCCACUUAAAGCAGUAAAAGAACAAGUGACAAAAUGCAAACUCAACCUUAUGUCUAUAGACCAUCUGAAGUAUUAUCACAAGGAACUUGCUGAAAGGGCAAAAGCAGGACAUGUGCCAUCUUUUACAACUCUCUGGUCACUUGUUCAGGAGAUGUUCCUACAUGAACGGCCAAGAAAGUACAAACUCACAGACCAGCGCAAGGCCUUGGAGCAUGGGCAAAACCCACUACCUUUCUAUGCAGUCCUCAAUGUGAAAGAGGAGAAGUUUGGUACUUUCAAAUUUAGAGAGUGGACAGAUUUCUCUCCUUAUGAAGUGGCCAUACCAAAAUAUGGAGUCUCCAUUCCUUCAGAAUAUUUUGACAGCGAGUUCUUCAUGGGAAGGCGAGUGAAGAAGCUGCCAGAAUCUCGGAUCUGCUAUCUGGAAGGUCUUUGGACCAACAUCUUUACUAGGAAUUUGCUGGAUGGCUUGUACUGGUCCUCCAAUUCAAAUGAGUUCUGGGAACGAUGGUCCCAAGAUAUGGUAGAUAUAGAAAAGCAUUCUCCUGAGGAAGAUGUUACUGUCAUUGAGCCUCCAUCUUGUUUGUCAGGAAAGUUGUAUGAAAUGUUUCAGGACAUUAUGACCAAGCGUCCACUACUGGGAAAGUCGCAUAACUUCCUGAGAGGCUUAGAGUUUCAUAAGGAUUAUAUCCAUCAGAAAAAAUUUAUUGAAUGGAAAGACACUGUGCUGGAUGGUUUCCCUAACAAUCUGACACCGCUGCAGAAAUAUCUUUGUCUGAUUGAUGUUGGCUAUUUCAUCAACACCAGUGGUGCAGCACUUUUCAAGCCAGAGAGGAAUGUAGAUGUCAUUAUAUCCCUUGAUUAUGGUUUGGGGCAUGCGUUCAAGCAAUUAGAGAUGACUUACAAAUAUUGCAAGAUACAAAAUAUCCCAUUCCCCAAAGUGGAGCUAAGUCCAGAAGAAGAGAAGAACCCAAAGGAAUGUUAUAUAUUUGCGGAUGCAGAGGACCCCAGAGCACCUAUAGUAAUCCAUUUUCCCUUGGUGAAUGACACCUUUAAGGAAUUCAAGGAGCCAGGGGUAAAGCGUGGUCACUCAGAGAUGGAAGAAGGCAAAGUAAAUCUGGAGAACAACUGCUCACCGUACUACCUCAUUAGGCUAAUCUACUCCUCUGAAAAUUUUGAUAAACUUGUGAACCUGAGCAAAUACAACAUCCUCAAUAACAAAGACCUGCUCCUCCAGGCGAUCAGGUGUGCUGUGGAGCGAAGGAGAAGCAGAAGGACUGGGAAUUUCUCCAGCUACUCUGGAUACCCCUAG